AUGUCCGAGUCCAAGACCGACAAGAUUGACAGGGUCAAGGCCAACCUGCCCCUUCCCGAGCAGCCUCCCGUCCCCGGAGACAUGAAGUCGGCCAACAUGAAAACCACAUCUAGCACAGGGGUUUCUGCAGGCGACGUCUCAACAGGCCCCGGUGUCACCUCUGGCCUGCGAGAGCCUGCCUCCAAAGAUUCCAGCGAUAUCGACAUGAGCGGCAUCGGACGCCAGGGAAAGGAGGGUCUAGAGCACCCUCCCAAGGAUGCGCGGAGCUGA